GACUCUUUCUCGACAGGAGAAGCGGGCUUACCGAAUUUAACUGUUCAGAGGAUUGAAGCAGCAAAUGCGUGCGCUUCGCCACGUCGCUCCGGAGUCCGGGCUUCACUUGAUGCGUGGGUACCGUGGACCAGUCGUGGUGAGGAGCAGCGGUGCCCUAUAGCCCCAGUAAAAAGUGACCCAACAAGUAGUGCAACAGUACACAGUAGCAACGUGCGAGAACCGUGCACUGCACUGCGAUUCUGACAUUCUGUCCAGCCCUACUUCUGUUUUGGUUUGAUUGGUGGGAGCGUGGGAGAGGACAGACAGCCACUUCAGCUAUUUCAUUGCAAAACAGCCCCACAGGCGAAGUGUUGCCUCAUCACUUGUGCCUGUGCUCCGCGCGUAACCGGCUCUGCACGUAUCCGAGGUCCUGCUACAGCAAUACCGCCCAUCGCCUCCAUCCCGCCAAAUGACCUUGCGAGCAUAGCCCGCCAUCCUUUAUUGAGAGCAACACCCUCACCCAGGGCAACUCCUACUCAUCACUCACCAAGAGCGCGGGGUACCAGAUGAUGCCCAUGGUUGGCUCAGUAUUCACACGCAUCAUUCCCAGCAACCUGCUAGGCAUCCGGGUGGGAAACGCCUCCAUUCUGCGCGGCAAGCUGCACAACUUUAGGCUGGUGGGCAUUGACGGCAACCUGAUUCCCCCGGACGCAUUUGGCGCCGGUGUCACGCCCGUUUGGAUGAUGACCCUGGUGGCCUCCCAAACAGGCAGUAGCCCGCAACCAUGCAGCGCACGCAGCUCUGCAGCCCGCCGCCAGCGUGCCCACGCCAUCAAGUACUGUUAGCAUCACCCCUGGGGCGUGGCAACCUUGGCCCCCAUGG